GAACCAAUCUCAGAUAGGUGCAACGCACGUUGAUCCAAGUAUCGCGCAUCUGUUGUUGAUCCAGAUCACCUGGUGGGAGUCGAGAUACUUUCCUCUUCUAUAUAAACAAACUGAAUGCGAAAACCCGCAAAUAUUUCACUCAAAACGCGCUCAAAAGUGAUUUCAAAGGUACCUACCCGAGAUCAAUUGUAUCGGUUCGUUGGAUCAGUUUGAGUGCGUGAAAAACACGUCGAUAAGAAAAAAAAAAUUCGAAGAUCAUGCGUCCCCCAAGUCAGUAUGGUGAGAGUGUGGUGGCCUCGGAGGCUGAGGAGCCGGAUCCAAGGGCUGUUUCUAUGAUGAUUUAUACCAGACUGGCUGGGAGGGCUGUUAUAAGGGUUGUGGGGAGGUGCAACGAGGCAAAGGAGCAUAGCAACUUAGAUCUCUCACAAUGUGAAUUAAUGCAAGUACCAGACGCUGUCUACCAUUUGAUGAGACACACAGAGCUCAAAUCUUGCGACCUUAGCGAUAAUGUCAUCACAAAAAUUCCUCCCAAAUUUAUGCUAAAAUUCGGACUGAUAAGGAGGCUCAACUUAUCACACAAUCAGAUGGCUAAGCUUCCAGAUGAAAUUGCAGACCUAGGUUCGUUGAGUAGGCUGGACAUUUCCUACAACUCCUUUAUUUCUUUGCCUAACAGCAUUUUCAAAAUUCCCAACUUGAAGGAGUUGAAUGCCAGUAAUAAUCGAAUAACAGAUGUAGAAAUACAAUGUUUGCAAGCAGCACCUUCGUUAGAAACUGUAGACUUAUCGAAUAAUCCACUCACACGUAGUUGCCAGAAUGAGCUCGAAAGGACCUCUAAAGUCAGGAUAAUACUAACUCCUAGAGUGAUGGAAGAUUGGGAGGAUCUCACUAUCUAAAUUCUAUAUCUACCAUUAAGAAUUGUAUUAUAUCAUUAGAGUAUUUAUUUUUACUCAAAUGAAAAAGUGAUAAUCUGCGAUGAUCGAUGAUGAGUUGAAAACAAGGCAGUUUCAAUGAGGUAAUCAUUGUGUAAAAAAGAAAAAAAAUAUCAUACUUAUUCAAGAUGAAAGGUGAACUAUUUGUCGGUUUUUCAAUUGGAAUAAUUAACAUAUACUCCAGAAAUUUGUCGAGUUUAUAGCAUUUUUGUGUCCAAAGUGUCCAAAUUUUUAGACGGCUUGCAAAAAAGUAGAGAUUCUUGUCAUACAGGGUGAUACAAAUACACAUCAAUAUCAUUUCAUCCUAUUUUUCGAAACAUAUUAGAAUUCUGAUCCAUCCAUUCCAAACUAAUUUUUCACAACUGUAUUUAUAGUUAAUUUCAUGCGAUGAUUUUGAAAAGUCAAAACACGUUCCCUAUAUAAUGUUACUAUAGUGCGUUUAUAUUAGUAGUGAAAUUUUCAUAAAAUAUUUUCCAGCAUUGUUGCCAUUGUUUUAUAUUUUUCAUGUUUCCCAAUAAAAUUAAUAUCAACAAUUGGUGAUAUUUUAACGCUUAAAAUUAUUCGAUUAAGUGUUCGACGGCAAAUAGAUAUCCCUAGAUUUGUGAACGCUUCAAACAGUAAGAAAAAAUUUUGGUUAGUACCAAAAUCUUAAUAAUUGUGACUUAAUUUCAUACCUGAAGUGAUUAGAUAAUAUUUAUUUUUCUAUUAUGAUAUCACCGCUGAAAAUACCUUCUGGAGCCUGAAAACCAAAUAUUAAUCUCGCGAUUGACUUAAAUGACCUUCAUAUCACAGAAGCUGUCAAAACAAUAAAAAUUUAACGUUUGUUCAAGAAGUUAAUAAUAAAAAGUAUUAUUUAAAUUUUCAUUUUUACAUUGAAAAACCAAAGUGGAGGAAAAUUAAUUAUAUACAGAAUAUUGUAUACUCAGAAAUCAAGUAACUUCCUUGCACUUGUGAGGUUUGAAAAUAGUUGCUUUAUAUUCUUGACAUUUUUGUAUUAUAAAUAUCUAUUACCGUUGAAUCUUGUUUUCAACUUGAUCGAUUCAUCUGCCUUUCAUAUAGGUAGGUAAUAAAUGAAGAAUUCAUACUCAAGUAUUCUAGUCAUACAUUUUUCCUUUUUUCGUUCUUAAUUUUAUUUUCAACCAAAGAUCCCCUAAUCUUCGUAGUUCAUAAUUAUUUGUGGAAUAAUUUAAUUUAGUGAUCAUUAAAACCUAUAUGCUCAUUGAAUUGUUCAAUUAACCUAGUAAGUAUUAUUCUGAUGUAUAGAGUGUUGAUGAAAUAAAGGAGAAUAGAAGGAGUUCAAACGAGUCCGAAGCAAAAUAACAAAAAGAAAAUUCAAAAUAAGAACUGAAAUUCGAAAUUGUUACUUCGCAUUUCCCUUGGUGGAACAUAGCUUUAAUAUUAAUUAAAUAUAAUAAAGAAAACACUUACUAUGCGUUUCACAAAAAAUGUGAAACGAAUAAGUAGUGUUUCAUUUAUUUUUUUUUAUUAAUAUUAAGAAUUGAAAUGUUUACCAUAAAAAAACAGAAAUAGCCAACAUAAUAUGAAUUAAUAUUGAUGAUAUUAUUAAUAUGAAAUAACAAACUUAUUUCAUAUUAAUUCAAAUUGACCUAAAUCUGAAAACCAUAAAUAUUUUUCAGUUUUAUUACAUGCCUACUUUUGUUUUGGACUCGAUAAAUUCCAAAAAUGAAUUGAAACUAUUUUUAGGUACAUAUUGUAGCACAGUGAAGAAAUUAUACUCACUGAAACAAUUAACCUCUGACAAAUUAUUGUGAUACGCCACUGUAUUUAUUAUAAAUAAUUUUGUCAUAUGCUUGCUUUCUGUAGUUAUAGAAGUUGAUGUGAUAAAGUUUAAAAUGUCACUCACAUUAUUUUUUGCCAUUUUAUGGCAAUGAAAUGUAUUAUGACAGUGUAAUUUUUUGUAUAUUUUUUCUACUCGAAUAAAAAUCUUUUCAUUA